AUGGGUGGUUCCUUGAGGGGGGAGCAGCAGGAUGGACAUGAACAGGAAAAAAAAAAAACGGAAAUGGUUUGGGGGUUCUGUUCUUGGCCAACGAGAUGUGACAUCGGGGAAGCAAAUUGGCGCUUUUUUGUAUCCUUUGCAAGCACCCCUCCUUUUUUGUCUGUUUUGGUGCUCAGACGAUAUGUAUGUGCUUGGUAUGGGAGUAGUUGGGCUUGUUUGUUUGGUGCGGCAUGGGAUGGGAUGCUGGUCUGCUGGGAUGGCAAUCCGCAUUCCCCCUCUCUUGUCAACGCUGGACUGGACAUGGACCUUGACGCUUCACAUGCUGACUGGAGUUUUGGUGAUGGAUCGGAGUCUCGCGGGGCCGAAAGUGGUAACAUGAGCGACGGUGACGGCCCCUCCCGGCUGUCAGGUCCAAAACUGGGGUUCAUGGCUCUCGCUCUCGCAAACUCUUAUGGCCGGAAACCAUACAGACGAUGUGAUGAAGAUGUGAUGAAAAUGGAUCGAGUGCAUCUACUUCCGGACAUCACGGGCGACAACGUACUGCUGAACCAUAUUGACGCAACCCCUGGCAAGUUCUUCUAG